UCGCGCGCGACGCCUCUGUUGCCACGUUGAGGUGACGUUAGAGGACGUGUACUCCGGUGGGAGGCGUGGAACCGGAGGCAUCGCAAGCUAAAGCAGGAACAUCUUUUUAAAUUUAUGUUCACCCAACCAAGAGGAGUUCCUGAAAGAGAGCUGAUUACAGACCCAGCUAAUCAUGGACCUAAACAGCAGACUCAUGCAGAAGCUGGCUGAAGCCGGCCAGUCUCAUGUCCUGCAGUUCUGCAGUGAGCUGAGCCCUGAAGAACAGGUGGAGCUGACCAACGAUCUGCAGGACAUGGACUUUAAGGAGAUCAAUGAAUUCUUCAAGAGUGCCAUGGAGACGUCCAACAGCAGCAAACACGAGAAGAUGGAUGCCCGAAUGGAGCCAGUGCCUCAGGAGGUACUUGGAAGUGUGACAAGGGACAGGGCGAGUCUGAAAACCUGGGAGGCUGAAGGUCUCGACUGUGUCUCUCAGAAUAAGGUGGCAGCCUUACUUUUGGCAGGGGGCCAGGGAACCAGACUGGGGGUCUCUUACCCCAAAGGCAUGUACGACGUCGGGCUGCCUUCCCACAAAACUCUUUUUCAGAUCCAAGCUGAGCGCAUUUUGAAGCUGCAGCAGCUGGCCGAGCAGAAGAAUAAAAAGAAGUGCUGUGUUCCUUGGUACAUCAUGACCAGCGGCAGGACGAUGGAGUCCACAAAAGAUUUCUUCUCACAGCAUAACUACUUUGGUUUGGAUAAAAACAACGUCGUCUUCUUCCAGCAGGGCAUGCUUCCUGCAAUGGACUUCAAUGGGAAGAUCAUCCUGGAGAGCAAAGGGAAGCUCUCCAUGGCUCCUGAUGGUAACGGGGGUCUCUACCGAUCUCUGGGGAACCAGGGAGUCCUGGAUGACAUGGAGCAUCGGGGAAUCCAGUAUAUCCACGUUUACUGUGUCGACAACAUCCUGGUGAAAGUGGCUGAUCCGACUUUUAUUGGUUUUUGUGCGAAGAAGGGAGCCGAGUGUGGAGCUAAGGUGGUGGAGAAAACCAACCCCACGGAGGCAGUGGGGGUGGUCUGUAAGGUGGAUGGGCGUUAUCAGGUGGUGGAGUACAGUGAGAUCACCCUGCCUACAGCAGAGAAGCGCAGCGCCGACGGUCGCCUGAUGUUUAACGCGGGGAACAUAGCCAAUCACUUCUUCAGCUUCUCUUUCCUCAAAGACGUAGUGCAGAAGUUCGAGCCACAGCUGCAGCACCACGUAGCCCAGAAGAAGAUCCCGUAUGUGGACGCUCAGGGACGGCUAAUCAAACCGGAGAAACCAAACGGCAUCAAGAUGGAAAAGUUUGUCUUCGACAUCUUCCAGUUUGCUAAAACAUUCGUUGUGUUUGAGGUGCUGAGGGAGGACGAGUUCUCCCCUCUAAAGAACGCAGACGCUCAGGAUGGAAAAGACACGCCCACCACAGCCAGGCACGCCCUCAUGUCCCUUCACCACCGCUGGGUCCUCAACGCCGGGGGCCACUUCAUCGAUGAGAACGGCACCCGCGUGCCCGCAAUACCCAGUUCCAGAGGCGGAGCAGCAGGAAGUGUCUCAGAUGGUGGCCCCCGAAACCUGAAGGAUGGAACAGACCUACCGAUCAAAUGUGAGAUCUCACCACUGGUGUCCUACGGCGGAGAGGGUCUGGAGGACUUGGUGAAGGGACGCGAGUUUCAUCCAACCCUGAUGAUCGACGAACGCGGAGUCCACCAGCUGGUGAAGAACGGAGUUUAACCAUUCAGAGAUGAGAGAAACAACCCAAAGACCUAUCCCCGUUUGUUUCUCUCAGCGGGGAGGAACUGUGACGCCAUCGCUGUGCAAUAACGUUCAUCCUCAUCUAUUGAUGACGAAUAGCUGAAUGAAGUGUGCAGUUCACCCUUUUCAACAAUCUAAUUUGUUUGUUUAUACUUGUUCUGAAGAGCACUUCAACACAUAGAGAUUAUGAGUGAAAUCACGAUGCCGUCUGCAUCUAUUUAUUUUGUUUAUGACUUUUAUUUUUAUAUUUCCUUAUAGAUGCUCUUUAGAUGGAUGUCUCUGUUGACUCUGUCCAGUGAUUUUUAUACAAGUACUGAGAUGAAGUGAUUUGAAGGAUUUUUCAGAUGACAUGAAUUGUUGGGCUGUGGGGGGUAUUUAUAAUAGUUUUUGGUUGUGAUCAUUGAAGAAUAGACUGCUUUCUGCUGGAAGAGAUGCUGCAAUUCCUCUUUAUUAAAUAAUCUUCCUGUUUGGAA